AUGACGAAGCCCAACUUACUUGUUGCAUCCAAGCCUUCCAACGAGUCCGUCGGCGCUAAACCCGACCCUGAGACGGUUCUUCCCCCGUUUCCUGUGUUGGAGGGUCUCUAUGACGGCGAGGCCUUUGAUCGUGGCUGGCCCGAGCCCACUGAGCAUAGGCAACGUUGGCUUGCCAGCAUGCGCGAUUGGUUGAUGUCUUUGAGAAACAAGGAGACUGUCGAUGAACGCGAUGUCGAUGUUGAAGGCAGCCAGCCGGAAUCCGGUUAA